AUGAGCAUCGCAGGGGGCAAUGGGAGGGCAGACAUGAUCAGUACGACGGGCGCGCAGAUGGGCUUCUGCUUAGCCCCUAGGGACUUCAACGAUUGCUACAAUCCUGUUAUCGCCGCGUGGCUUGCAGAAGACCCAAACGAUGCAAACAGGCUGCUGAAGGCUCUCUGCCCGGUGACGAAGAGGUAUUCGAAUCUGUCGAUAUGCACGUUCAUGGAUGAUGUGACGAAACUGUCUAUGUGGGAGGGUGGGGUUACUAGCUACGGCAUUGCUGCAGAGCUCAAUCUUAUGACGAAGAGGUGCCUGGCGCAGGGGAAGUGUUCGUGGCAAGAGCAGGACGGAAACGUGCGACAACUAAGAAAAGAGGAGGUGUUUAGGAAGUGGAAGAUAAACCGUGCUUCGGACGAGCUGAGGAUUCGAAGGCUUAAAUGGUACCAGAAGUGGGCGGCGUUUCCCGAGGCGCACUCGCAGGUGACGGCGGCAGUGUUCGGGUCGACGCCCCUGGACCUGAGGCACGGCACACCUAGGCUAGAGGAGGGGAGGAUUAGCACCUACAGUACGCCGUGGGCGUACCAGUACUUGCAGGACCUUCAGUAUUUGCGCGCUCAGGCGGGAGGGGCGGCGCUCGGCAAAGGAGGCAAGAUUCACCCACCAGCGCCCAAGUACCAGCGCCUGGGCGGGGGCAAGCGCGGCGGGGGCUCGGACGAGGUCGACCUGGUGGACGCGAUGGUGUCGCUCCAGAAGAUGGGGCUGAGGCAGGACCAGCGCGCCCGAGAGCACGAACACAUGUUGUCCCUGUUCUACAUGAUGACCAAGAAGAGCAAGAUCUGCCAGAUGGGCCUCGAGGCGGGCCUCGACUACUACGCGGCGGUGGCGAAGAGGGGCAAGGGCCACGGAUUGGGGGCGCCUUACCUGCACGUGGCCGCGGGAGCGUUCGACGGGCUGGUAGAGGACGCACAGGAGGGCCAGCACAAGGCGGUGCUCCAAGCGUACCAGAGGCUGUUCCACACGGAGAAGGGCAUGAAGUUCGUGAAGGAGGUUUUCGGCAGUUUCAGAGUGAAGGAGGCGCACAACGAGGAGGGAACGGCGGAGAAGGACGUCAAGGUGAAGGCGAGCUUCAACCUCAAUCCCCUGGCAGACGUGGCGAUGCUCAUAGAGUGCCUGAAGGUGAAGACGGAGGGCGACGUACCGAGCCUGGGAAUCUUGAGGAGGGCGAUGAUGCUGGCCCUCGAGGAGGCGGGCGGAGUGCAGUCGGACGGGCCCGCGCCAAAGGACGAGCUGACCAGGGUGGUGGAGCGACAAAUGCAAGGGCUGCAGAGGAUGCGCGGCCCAGAGGAGGCCGGCGGAUUCUUCUCCGGCAGCGACUGCGACGAGCUCGAGGUCGACCUGGAGGCGGAGCUGGCUGGCCUGCUCCCAGACGGGCUGGAGCAGGAGCGCGCGGGGUUGGAGGCGGACGUGGGCCAGGGGCGCCCCGAGGCCCCGCGGGAGGCGCAGGAGGAGCGCGGGCUCCCGGAGGUCGACCUGGAGGCCGAGCUCGGAGACCUGCUCCCCGACGGGCUCGAGGAGGAGCCAGUGGCCUCCGGCGGCACCGAGCUCGACGGGCUCUUCUCCGAGGCAGAGGAGGCCAACAACCAGCCUGAGGGUCGAGAGGAGCCGCGGCCCGCCCCUGACCCCGGCAGCGCAGACCUCGACGGCCUCUUCUCCGACGCGGAGGAGCCGGCGCCGCCGGCGGCAGCGGCGCCCCGGCAGCAGGAGAUCGCCGCGGCAGCACCGGACGCGGACGCUCUUCCAGCGGAGCCGGGCGCCGCCGCAGAAGCUGGCGAUCAGACCAGUGGGCCCGUCACUCCGCCGCCGCCGCCGCCCCCGCCGCCCGAGGUGCCCGCCGGCUUCGCCACGGCCCAGGACCGCGCGGCUGCGGACGUCGACUUCGCCGACGAGAGCAGGUACAUGGAGGGACCCGACGGGGAGAAGCUGCUCAAGUGGAAGGUCGACUACGCAAACCGCGGGGGCAGCGGGAGGGCUAUGUGCAGGGAUCUCGACUGCCUCGAGCGGCACGACCAGGCCGGCGUGCGGACGAUUGAGAAGGGCGCGUUGCGCAUCGGCCGGAGGGUGCUCAUGGAGAAGGAUUCUGGGACGCCCCAGAUAAACAUCUUCUGGCACCACGCGCGCUGCAUGUUCAACACGUUCCUGCGCUCCAGGAAGCAGACUCGCGUGAUCCAGAGCGAAGGUGACAUCGAGGGCUUCGAAGCGCUGAUGCCCGAAGACCAGGACCUGCUGCGCCGGUACAUCAGCGGCAACGAGCGCGGAGCUGGGCGGGCCUUCGACGACGGCCCCGCUGCCAAGCGGCAGCGCCCGCUCCUCGAGGUCAAGGGCCGCGUUGGCGACCGCGUCUGGACGUUCUGCCGCGUUCGCCCCCCGGCGCCGCCGGGGGGCGCACCGCCGGCGCUGGGCGGCGGCCCCGUCAAGAGCGCCAAGGCGGAGCUGGGGAUUGUCGUCGCCGAG